UAAUAGGGAGAGUCAUAUGGUACACAUCGUUUCUUCAGCAGUCAUGACUCCAGUCUUUUAUACGUAGCACUUCGUAUUUACGGUGAAAACGCAGAGAGCCUUCCUCAUCAACCCAUCCUCGCCGUCCCUUCUCACCGGCUCGCCCUUCUCAAAAUUCAGCCCGACGCCCCGACCGUCCUCUGACCUCCGACCCCUUUUCGCCGGCUCUCCUUACUAAGUCUUCAGAUGGAGUUUGGAUAUGGCAUGGCGCUCAAUCUUCAGGGACUCGAGAACUUUGAGGAUGGCAAAGACAUUAAGAUGUCUGAGGUUGAGGAGGGAGAACUGGUCGAGAUGAUUUCUAAGACUGAAUUGGGUGAAAAUGGUGGUGUGGUUUCGGGGAAAGGAUCACACGAAACCAUGGUUGGAAAUGAGAACAUAGAUAAAAAAGAUUCUGAUAGUAAAAAUCAGAAGCGCAGGAAGAACAAGAAGAAGAAUAAGAAGAAGAAAAACAGAGGAAAUAAAGGCCCUCCAGUUCCAAAGAUAACGGAUGUCAACAGAUUUGUAACUGAUGUAUGUAGACGCUUGAGAGAGAAAAAAUCUUAUUUGGUAUGGACUGCUGUGGCUUGUCUCGGUGUAUCCGUUCUCAGUGAUCUUGUCAAUGAGGUAAGAUUAACAUUUUUUUAAACACUGAAGUAUUUUAUUCCAUUCAAGACGUCCUAAAGUUGAUGUGGUGUAAGUGUAUAGGUAUGCAACUUAUUCAUCCUCAAAUGCCAGUGUGAUUCAUUUACAAGAUGCAAACUUCAUCAUCGUGAUCACGCCAUUUAGCUGCAAUUAAGUGAUUUGUAUACAAUUUAAGUGAUCUACUUUUGUUUCCAUUUUGACACUCUUCUUCCACCACUCAAUACCAUCAGGCUUGUGUGAGCUUCUAUUUCCUACACUCGUGUUCUACGGAAUGGGUAAAAAGAGUGUGGUCAAUUAAAAAGGCUAUCGUGUAACAAGCUUGUUAACAUAUUGUGUAUGUAGUUCCUCCUGAGGUUUUUUGUUAAGUCACCAACUGAAUUCAAUCGAUCAGGAAAAAUGUCCUUAAUACUUUGAAAAGAUGUUAAAUGAUGAAGUCAUUUCACUGGUUUCGGUUCCAUGGACCUUUCUACCAAGAUAGUUUUUGGCUUUACACUUUAUGAAGUACAAUUGGUAUAUAGGUGGAUGCAAUUCAGGCAUCUGGUGGCCAGAAGACUUCUAAUGGCCAGCGAUAUAGAUUAGGUGGUGGGAUCUUAUGGAACAUUCUCAGAGUCCGCGAACCUAAUGCUUUCAAAGAGAUAAUGCAAAAGGGAAAGGAGUUCGAGAAGCAACUCAAGCAAGCUUCUAAAGCAGCCCCGGGUAAGCAAGGAACAAAAGAAGCUACUAACCAGCAAACAACUGGCGGUGCAACGCAAAGUCUAGUCAAUUCUUCAAAUGGCUCAAAAGUUCCAUCUUAUAUGCUGUGUAAUUCGCUUGGACAGUCAAAUGGUGAACCAUGUCAAUCUGUUUUUAAUAGAAUACGAGUGCCUGUGAGGUACGAUGAUCUGUAUCAGGAAGAGCACCCCAAAGAUGUACAGCAGCAGAGUGCUAUUUGCAAUUGAACUAUGGACUGAUCUUCCUAUAUUUUCAGUUCCUUAAAUGAGGGUGUUCACGGUUCACCCUUUGGGAAGGUGAUAUGCUUCUUCAAAAGAACGUUAUAGUAAGCCUACUUUCUCUAGAAAAUACGAAGAACCAGUGCUUUUUUGGCUGGUGGCAUACAGAUCCAGUUUUGAUUAUAUCUCUGUUAAAUCGUUCAAGUGCACUUAAACUGGGGUGAGGUGCUGUGCAAUGAACUAGCUGUAGUUGUAGUCUGGUUCUUUGGUGUGAAUUUUUGCAAGUGCAUCAUUGGUUUGAGACCCAAAUUGGUGUCUUUU